UGUCCAGUAGAGAUGCUGUAGACACCCAAAAUGAGGUCAAGCUCUUCUUGUAACAAGCAGUCAUCAAUAAAGUAGCCACCAUCAACAGCCUGAAAAAUUUCUUUUGGUUCCCGAGGACUGCUCAAAGGUCCUGUUAAGACCACUUCUGGAGAAAUGACAUCAAUUGCAAGACACCAUGCUACCCCACCUGCCAGCAAUGAUGCAUGCCCAUGAUGAUACAACAGGAUUUUAUCAUGAACAUCCUCGUAGCAUCUAUAGUCAAUGGUGUCAGGUUUGUAACCUUCCUGGCAAUAUUCCAAGUUCACACAAUAUGGAGGAACAAUUGCAGGUGGGGACUCCACCUGCUGAAGAGUGUGAAAUGGAAUGCCUCUUGUUACAAGCUCCAAUGUGAUAUCCUUUAUGCCCGGCCCCAAACCAUGUCUUACACAUUCUAAAAGACAAAACCUCAUGCAAGCAGAUGGUGCAU